AUGACAACUGCAAAGCAGCGACGACAUAAACGUCUAAUCAAUCGUAAUCUGAUGCUUUUGUUACUCGUUUGGCUUCGUCAAUAUCCCACCUCACAACAACUCAGUUCUCAAUUUAGUAUUCAUUCUCGUAAUAUUCAACGGAGGAUUCGACGGUUAAUUCCGAUUUUGUCUUCUGCUAUCGGAAAGAUUCAGUGGCCCUCAUUAGAACAACUAUCUGAAAGAAUUAUUUACGAUCCAGUUCUGGGAAACAUAGCCGGCUAUAUAGAUGGUACCCGUCAUAAAAUACAGAGACCAAGUUUUGCGAAUAAACCACCGGUAUUAACAUCAUUCAGAUCAAACGAGCGUCGUCGCGCAGGUUUAACAGAGCAACAGAGAUUAGCUUUCAAUAAUCGACUGUCACACUAUGGCAUUGGAAUUGAGCACGUUACAAAAGAUAUAAAGUUAUUUCGCGUGAUGUCAGAUGCUCAACGUCAUUUUAAAAACGACCAAAGAUUUUAUUUACAUAUAGCUAAUUGUAUAUUUGGAUUAGCUUAUAUUCGUUUCGAGGAUUUUAAUACAGACGUUGUUCAACAUAAUUAUUGA